UUCCCGUAUGUCCUCCCUUUCACGAGAGCCAAAUAAAUUAUUUACUGGUGGGAGAUCCAUUAUACAAUGUUGUAUAAGAAGUUUGAAGAGCUAGACAUUCGGGAAUCUACUCCAGUCAAAUGUCGAAUGGAAUGGAUUACGCUUGUUGAUCACUGGGCUAACAACAAGAGCGUCCAAGAGGCCCUCCAUGUGCGAAGGGAAACUAUCGGACAGUGGGUAAGCUGCAGCGAUACCUUGCCAUACACAGAAAAUGCAGGGAGUGUUGUACCAUAUCAUGCAAACCUUAGCACUAAAGGUUAUAGAUCCCUUAUAUACAGUGGUGACCAUGAUCUGCUGGCCCCGCACAUUGAAACUCAAGCGUGGAUAAGAUCUCUACAUUACCCAAUUAUUGACGAUUGGAGACAGUGGAUUCAUGAAGGCCAAGUUGCCGGUUACACAAGGACUUACGCAAAUAAGAUGACAUUUGCAACAGUGAAGGGAGGAGGCCAUGUUGCUUAUGAGUUCAAGCCUGCCGAAUGCAGAACUAUGCUUGAGAGAUGGACAUCGCAUCAGCCUCUCUAAUCAGUUGGCAUAUGGAAUAUGAACAUCUUUGAUCACUUCUGAGCAUCAAAUGAUCCACUCUUAAAUAUAAAUUAUUGUAACUUUGGGUCAUGAGACGCUUCUACUCCAAGUCUCCAAUGGAUUGCCUUCUUAUCGAAUAGUGAAUAAAAUGUAGUAGUUAAAAUGGGAAUCACGUUA